GCCGAGCCGCGCGAUGACGGGCUCCGCAGCCCUGCCCCCGCCGCUGCGCGGCCGCCCGGCCCGGCGGGAGGCGGGGGGAUUUCCAAGCGCCGGCGGCUCGCCGCUUCCUCUCCUUGUUUUGCUUUCGAUCUGGACCUUUCGCAGCCGAGGCGGAGGGAGUAACUUUUAGUUUUGCUCCCGCGAUUAUUCAGCGCCUGUUUUCAUUUCCAUUUCGCGUCCCCUGGCAACGGCGGUAACCUUGAGGAAUUAUAUAAGUGCCGCGAAGACGCGCUGGAAAGCUCCUUCCAGUGCAGGUAACAAUGCCUGUCGAAAGAAUGCGGAUGCGCCCGUGGCUGGAAGAACAAAUAAAUUCUAACACAAUACCAGGGCUGAAAUGGCUAAAUAAGGAGAAGAAGAUUUUUCAAAUUCCCUGGAUGCAUGCUGCAAGACAUGGGUGGGAUGUUGAAAAAGAUGCUCCCUUAUUUAGAAACUGGGCAAUUCACACAGGAAAAUACCAGUCAGGAGUAGAUAAACCCGACCCAAAGACAUGGAAGGCAAACUUCCGGUGUGCUAUGAACUCUCUGCCUGAUAUAGAAGAAGUGAAGGACAAAAGUAUAAAGAAAGGAAACAAUGCCUUCAGGGUGUACCGGAUGCUGCCGUUAUCUGAAAGACCUUCCAAAAAAGGAAAAAAAACGAAGUCUGAGAAGGAUGACAAAUUCAAACAAAUUAAGCAAGAGCCAGUUGAAUCAUCUUUUGGGAUUAAUGGGCUAAAUGAUGUUACUUCUGACUAUUUCCUGUCCUCCAGUAUAAAAAAUGAAGUUGACAGUACAGUGAACAUUGUAGUUGUAGGACAGCCGCACCUUGAUGGCAGCAGCGAGGAGCAGGUGAUAGUUGCCAAUCCUCCAGAUGUUUGCCAGGUGGUAGAGGUGACAACAGAAAGUGAUGAACAGCCUCUCAGCAUGAGCCAGUUGUACCCCCUACAGAUCUCCCCUGUCUCGUCCUAUGCAGAAAGUGAAACGACCGACAGUGUUCCAAGCGAUGAAGAAAAUGCAGAGGGACGACUUCAUUGGCAGAAGAAAAACAUCGAAGGCAAACAAUAUCUCAGCAAUCUGGGAAUGCGGAACACUUCUCAUAUGCUUCCCAGCAUGGCUACUUUUGUAGCCAACAAGCCUGACCUCCAGGUCACCAUCAAAGAAGAAAGCUGCCCGCUGCCUUACAACAGCUCCUGGCCGCCUUUCCCAGACAUCCCUCUGCCACAAGUAAUGUCCACAGCCUCCACUAGCAGCAGCCGGCCAGACCGCGAGACACGGGCUAGCGUCAUCAAGAAAACGUCAGACAUCACCCAGUCAAGAGUCAAGAGCUGCUAAGCUUUGACAGUGUGUUUUUUAGCUUUGUUUUGUUUGGUUUUGUAUUUUACGUUUCUCUAGGAGAGGUUCAUCCCUUGACGCACAUUAGACAAAUCUAAGGUAAAGAAAGCCUUGGCAAUAUAAAACAUUGCUGUGUCUGACUCCAGUGCCGGAGUGUUUUUAACUCAGGACUCCAGCCGUCAGUGUGUACAUCUGAACCCAAGGUGGACUUGCAGGGUUGCUACGUAGGAAAAUAAAACAAGAACUUUGGCCCACUUGCAGGUUCCAGUGUUUCAUAAGAGGACCAACUGACCACAAGGGAAGUGGUGCUGCUGCGCUUAUUGCUGUCAAGGCUGUGAUGGAACUGAAAGCCUCAGAAUGGAAGAGAAAAUGUGAACUAGCUGGAAUAUUUUUAAAUAAGAAAAAAUCUAUUGUGAAUAUUGUACAUAGUGCAGUACUAGCAACGUUGCAGUCUGCUUCUGCACCUUAUUAAGAAAGCACUUACAAAAGGCCUUUUAUUACCUUGCUCUACUUAAUGGCACAUUGAAGGUCCCUCCCCACCUGUAUUCUUUUCCAAGGCUAUUCUUGCUAAAGUGUCUCGAAAGAAUAGUGGAAAGGAAAGAAAGAUAAAACUUUCCAUGUGGAUUUCAUACAUUUUAAGACUGCUUUUCUCUUCUCGUGUUUGUUUUCUAAUCUGCUAUGCUUGAAUGCCGCGUGGUACAAUAGGGAAAAAAAAAAAACUAUU